UUUUAUGUUAGAUAGUAAUCAAAUAAUGUUAACUUACGGUCAAGGUAAUGUGCUAUAAAUCACAAAUAGCGUGUUAGAUAUUUAUAAUAUCAAUAUUUAUAACUCCCUAUACUGUUAAGGUUUUUAUGUCUGUAUCUGAUGUUAUGGUCGAUUUAUUCGAUGCUGAAUCAGUAUAGAAUAGUAAUGAGAUUAUUUAUAUUGUUUGUUCAGUUAUUUAUACAAUGCAUUUUCAAAUAUUAUUUAUUAUUAUUUUUAAAUAUUUUAUUAAUUUAUCUUUUGCAACAAUAAGCACACACGUUAAAUGGGAUAAAUUACAGGGAGAUUUUGUUCCUAUAAACAACACUUCUGUUAGUCGAUUUGAAAAUCCAUUUCGUAAACGAUCGCAUCAACUAGAAAUUCACAAAUUUCAAGGCGAAUUAAUAAAACUUGCUUAUUAUGAGGAAAAAAAUCUUGUUGACUUUUAUGAUAGAGACUCAAAAGUUACUGGAAUCUGUGGAGAAAUAUGGAAUAUAUUAUCAGAAUAUUUAAACUUUACACUUUUGCCAGUUAAAAUUAAAGACAGUAAUUUUGGACGUAAAACAACGAAUGGUACUUACACUGGAUUAUUAGGAAUAUUACAAAGAAGAGAAGUGCAUGUCUUACCACGGGUUCAUUAUUAUUUGGCUCAUUGGAAUAUGAUGGACUAUACUGUUCCACUAUGGAAAAAUAGUGUACAUAUGUAUAACCGUCCAGAGUAUAAAUCCAACGAGUCGUGGAUUUUUCGAUUGUUCAGUUGGCGAGUAUGGCUAUUGUUGGCGACAAUGUUAAUUAUUUUCAGUGUACUCGGAACUUUAUCUGAAAAAAUAUUACCUGCACAAACUCAAAAAGAUUAUUUAAGACUACAGGAUUAUUUGUUCUACACAUUUGCUACAUUUUGUUCUCAAGGCUGGUUACCACAAGCUUUAGAAGAAAAAUCUAAGAUACUUGAAUUAUCAAAACGAAUAUUUUCAUGGUUUCUUCUUAUUACAAUUAGUUCUCAUCUGGUAUCUCAUAUGACAAACACUGCUAUGGAUCCACCAUUUAGUAACUUUGAAUCACUUCUCAACAGCACAAAUUAUCAGAUUUUAAUUCACAAUGGAUCAUUGUCUUCCGAAAGGAUCAAAAUGGAAGUUGCAGUUCACGGAAAAAAAUACUCGAGUCGUUUUCAUUACGUAGCUUCUAAAGAAAGAUUGACUCAACGAGCUUGCUGGAGUAAAAAAAAAUAUGCCAUUAUUGAAGCUGAUGACCGACAACAAGCUUCGGGUAUGAAAACUUGUUACUUAGUUAAAACUGGCAAGCCCCUUUUUUCAACUUGGACCACUAAUGGAAUCGUCAAAGGAUUUAAAUAUAAACGUUCUUUUGACAUAGGGAUUAUUAGAUUGCAUGAAUGUGGUCUCCUUGAUGGUCUGAUAGAUCGUUGGAUGCCAUAUAAAAUUACACAAUUGAAUGAUUAUGUUGGAUAUAGUAUUAAUUUUAAUCAUGUUUUCAUACUUUUUGUAAUAAUUUUCUUCGCCGGUAUAGUUUCUAUUAUUAUUUGUGUUAUUGAAAAUAUUAUAUUU